GUCGUUUCGAAGCAGCAAACGUGUAAUCAUGUCUUUAAUGUUAUACAGUUGGACUUGGGAGUAAAGGAUAGUAGCUCAGUUGUUUAUUAUUGUAUAUCCACGUGGCAUCUUCUUAGUGGUCAAAAGCCACCUUACAUCUUUACUUUAUUUCCCUUUCUCUUUAUUAAUUUUCUUUUUCUGGAUCAGACAUUUUCUUUCGAUUUUCUCACACUUUCUCACUGGAUUUUCUCACCCCUUCUCCUUGACUGACUCCAUCUUCAAUCAUCACCAGCAGACGCUCCCACCCACCCACAAUCCUCACAAUGUCGGGCCCACCGAGACUCCGAUCGACCAACAUCGCCGACACCGAGUCUCGACCGGUCCUCGUACCGGCCGGGAACAACAACAACAACACUGCCGCCGCCAGACCCGCCGAUGCUCGAAAACCCGCACCGAAGAAGCCGGAAAAGCCAUCGCAAGAGAUGGAGAAGAAGAAAGCUUUGCCCAAUUCCGCGUCGCAAUGUGUUAAGGUUCCGACUAUUUUGAAGCGGCAACAAGGGGCUGACCUCCACCAUCGCCACCAUUCACUGCUCAAUUCGUCUAUGAAUGCGUCGUUUUCGUCGGAAGCUUCGUCUUCUGAUUCUUCAUCUAACAGUGGGAGGACUUCGAGACGCGGUGUUGCGCCUCUGAGACGGAAGCAAUUGGGGAUGAAGACUGCUGCUGCUGAGAGAAUUGAGACUGAAAGGGCUCCGGUCAGUAAGGUUGGUGGUAAUGCGGUAUCUUCGGAUUCUAAUGAUUGCUUGGAUAGUAAGAAACGGUGCGCUUGGAUUACUUCCAACACAGAUCAAUGCUAUAUUGCUUUUCAUGAUGAGGAAUGGGGAGUACCGGUCCACGAUGACAAGAAACUGUUUGAACUUCUCAGCUUGUCUGGUGCUUUGGCUGAACUUACAUGGCCUGCCAUUCUCAACAAAAGACAUUUAUUUAGGGAAGUCUUUUUGGACUUUGACCCGAUUGCCAUUUCGAAAUUGAAUGAGAAAAAGAUUAUUUCUCCUGGGAGCCCUGCCAGAACUUUACUAUCAGAACUAAAACUGCGAGCCAUGAUUGACAAUGCACGUCAAAUUUGUAAGGUAAUUGAAGAAUUUGGGUCCUUUGACAAGUACAUAUGGAGUUUUGUAAUUCACAAACCGAUAAUUAGCCAAUUCCGUUACCCUCGCCAAGUUCCAGUCAAGACACCCAAAGCAGAGGUCAUAAGCAAGGACCUUGUAAGAAGGGGUUUCCGAAGUGUAGGUCCCACUGUUGUGUACACAUUCAUGCAAGUUGCUGGACUGACAAAUGAUCAUCUUACUAGUUGCUUCCGUUUCCAAGAGUGUGCUGGAACAAUAGAGGCAGGGGAAAAAGAUGGCGCGGUCAAGUGUAAGACCAGCUCAAAUAUCCAUAUCGAGCCAACUGAUUUUGAAGAACUUACAAGAGCUGUGGAAGAGUUGGUGAGACGUACAGAAGAAGAGUUGUAAAUGAUUAAUUUGACCGAGGCUUUCGGUAUGAUGUACUUUUGGGGUGUUGAGGACGUGUUUGUGCUGUACAAAAGCUUUGAACAUAUAAAAAUACUUUAGGAUCACUUUGCUUUUUUCUUUGUUUUUCUCUUUUUAUCUUUGAAUACAAUGAAAGUAGUUAUUAAUGUUCAUGGAUAUGUUAUUCUCAACUACUUUGUAUCUUUUCUUCCUAGUCCAAUAACAACUUGUACUUUUCUUA